AUGUUACCCUCCAGCCUUACAAGCACGUAUCAGCAGUACAAACAGGACACCGACAUCGUUGCGUCAUGGCUGGCCCAGACGGGAAUGAUGUUUGGCUGUCCGGAUGAGCUCCUCAAGUCCACCACCUCGCUCAGUUCAUUGUUGAUCAUCACAAGGACAAGGCAAAGCCAUCAGUCGAUGUGCCCACCACCUUCAGCAAGGCCAUUGAGCGCGCCAUCAAUGUCCGCAAGGGGUUUGCCUCUUCUUGAAAAGUCAGGGGCUACUCUCAACAUGACGGCCGAUGAAAAGCACAAGUUCUUUGUCGGCGUGCUCGAGAAGGUCCGCGAUACCCUUAAGCCUCUCUUCUGGCAGUCCACCUCCAAGAAGGGGCUUGACGAGACAGAGGAGGUGUCCCAUCUGUUCAAGGAGCACGGCCACAUGAACGGCAUGCUUGAAAAGCUCGCUCUGUCCAUCCAUGCGCUCAUGGGACAGGUCGAGCCGAAGCCCAGCGUGCAGGGCUCGUACCCGUUCGACAUGGUACUGUACUCGGUGUUGGACACGUGCAUGAUCAACGCCGGCAUCCUGGUGGGCGGCUGGCUCGCCAUGUCUGACAAGCAUGGAGACACUGCUACCAUGUCCUAUAAUUGGGUGGUACGACAAGACUAUUGCAUACGAAACUCUUUCUCAGCAGAGAAGAUUCGAACAGGACCGCGCUGCGUUUCUGGAGCUGUGUCCCGGAAUUUGAUCGUCUUGGCAAGAUGGGGGACAAUAACCAGCGUGACAAGGCGUUCAACACGGUGUCGCCUGUCGUGGAUGAGCUCAGCCGAGGCAUGGUUGCUAUCUUUUUGGCUGGAGGGCGACAACAUCAUCAAUGCCGGGCUCGCCGCCGCCGGUGUCAACGUCAAGCCAACAGUCUUUCUCAAGCGUCACCCGUUGUACUGCGGCCUCUGGGUCUCCGACAUGCGAAACCAGCUACACUUCCUUGGUACACGGCUCGAGCGGUCGUUUGGCAGUGUUUUGUACACCGGCCAUCUAUACAACGCGCUCCAAGCUGAGGGGUCUGAUUCCCCAAGACAAGAAGUGGGACGGCAUGGAACUGUGUUUGGACAACCCACCAGCAAAAAGAGCGUGCCUGGCUCCUCAGUCCACCUCAUUGACGUCUUGGCUCAUGCCCUUGAAGCAGAAAUCCCGCCGCAGGAGCCGGAUUACUUCCUUGGCCAUCGCAUCUGCUGGACCUUGCUGCGUAAGCUCAAGACGGCCAUCGAAGGCGACAUGCUCAAGUGGCUUGGCCCCAGGUACAUCGAGAAGGUAUAUCAGUUGCCCUUCCUGGUUGGAUACGUCUUCCGUUCCCUCAUCGGCGACCAGGGCACGAUCCACGGAAACAUCACCACCUCCCAACGGCUCCCCGGCACAGACCUGUUCCACAAAGCAGCCCAGGUCUACCUUGACAUCUAUGGAGGCGAGAACGGAGAGGUGGAGCGUGCCCAGGCCAAGAACGGGAUUGAUGUGUUCCACGCAAUGGCAAAGAUGAGAAAGGUCAUCCCCGAUGAUCCGCACCCUGCAUCUCAGUCCCAUUACAACGGCGUCGGCGCCAGCAGGGGCAUCCUGAACUCUGCGAACAUGGACGGCGAAUGGGAUAAGGACUAUGAUGAGGACUAUGACAGCGAUUACAGCGAUGGCACGGCUGGUUUUACCGAGAGACUUCGCAACACUACCCGGGGUGGGGGCAGUCCGCGAUUGCAAGGCCAGGAGUUGAUGGAUGCGUACGCCGGAAUGUGGCAGGUUGCCGCGAGAGGAGCGAGGCAAGGACGAGGAAUUGAUGGGCUGGUGAGAGAAGUGGAGGAGCAGAUGGGAAGAGUACUGGGACAAUUAGGGCGAAGAGGACAUGGAGGAGCCCGAGGAACCUUAGGAGGUCGAGGAGGGUCCGCAGGACCGGAAGGGCUAGGAGAUCUAGGAGAGCUAACAGGACUACUCGAAGCAAUGGGCGGGCUUGAAGGGCUCGAAGGACUAGGAGGAGGCAGAGGCGGGCGUCAAAACAUGAACGGAUGUCGUCAGCUUAGGUGCAGGUAG